AUGCAUCUCCCUCGCGCCGUAGCUGCUCUAGCCUUGGUGCCUCCCGCAGUCGCCGGUCUGGUGGGCACCUCCUUCGGAGUCCCCGGGACCAAUGCCACCUUCGACUACAUCGUCGUUGGAGGAGGCACUGCCGGCCUGACCCUGGCCACUCGCCUCGCCGAACAACAGUCCGGCUCGGUCGCAGUCGUGGAAGCCGGCGGCUUCUAUGAGGUUGACAACGGCAACAUCAGCCAGGUUCCUGCCACGGGGACUUAUUACACCGGUCGGUCUCCCACGGACUGGCAGCCGCUGAUUGACUGGGGGUAUGUCACCACCCCUCAAGCCGGUUCUUAUGGCGAUGAGCUUCUCUAUCCUCGUGGAAAGUGUCUCGGCGGCAGCUCCGCCCGCAAUUUCAUGCUCUACCAUCGCGGUACAAAGGCGAGCUACCAGCUAUGGGCCGAUGCCGUGGGCGACUCCAGCUACACUUUUGGCAACCUUCUCCCCUUCUUCGAGAAGAGUCUCCAUUUCACUCCUCCCGACAACAGCAUGCGCCUGCAGAACGCGACACCCGAGUACGACCCGCGGGUCAUGGGCAAUGGCACAGGCCCCCUGUCGGUGUCUUACUCUCGCUACGUACACGCGUUCGGAACUUGGGCGGCCAAGGGGCUUGAAGCGCUUGGAAUGUCCUCGGUUCCUGGCUUGUCGAGCGGCUCCUUGAUCGGACAGUCUUACGGCACGUUCACAAUCAAUGCCACCACCGGUAUCCGCGACUCGUCUGAGACUUCCUUUCUUCGCAAGGCGCUCCCUUACACAAACUAUCAGGUCUACAAGACUACCCUCGCGAAGAAGGUUCUCUUCGACGACAAGAAACGAGCUACUGCCGUCAUCGUUAACACUGCCGGCAUGACAUACCAGCUCAGCGCUCGCAAGGAGAUCAUCAUCUCCGGUGGUGCUUUUGGUUCGCCGCAACUGUUGCUGGCCUCUGGCGUCGGCCCAGCGGACACUUUACAGGCCCUCGACAUCCCAGUCGUUGCUCACCGACCGGGUGUUGGUCAGAACAUGCAGGACCACAAUGGAACCGGCAUAUACUCCAACCCUGGCACGGAUGUUGUUGGCUGGGAGAAAAUCCCCAACUCCCACCGACGCAGCUUCUCCAACCGCACCCUUGCAGCCCUUGCCCAAUACCCCGGCGACUGGCCGGAGGUCGAAUACCUCCCGGAGGCGGCCUACUUCGGCUAUCAACAGGUCCGCAGCACCGCCGACCCCAAUGACGGCCACAACUACGCUACCCUAGCCGUCGCCCUCGUCGCCCCGCGCUCAAGGGGAAACCUGACCAUAUCUUCCGCGGAUACCGCCGUCAACCCGCUCAUUAACCCGAACUGGUUCACUGAUCCCGCCGACAUGGAAGUGGCCAUUGCCGGCUUCAAGCGCGCCCGGGAGUUCUGGAACUCCACUGCCAUGCAGCCGUUUGCUCUUGGAGAGGAGGCCUUCCCCGGUCCGCAAGUGCAAUCCGACGCCGAGAUCGAUGAUAUCAUCCGCAGGAGCUUCACCCCCGUCUAUCAUGCAGCUUGUACCUGCGCAAUGGGCAAGGCGAAUGACACCAUGGCUGUCGUUGACACCAAGGCCCGGGUCUACGGCGUCAAAGGACUGCGAGUCGUUGAUGCAGCUGCUUUCCCUUUUCUGCCUCCAGGUCAUCCGCAGGCUACUGUUUACGCCUUGGCCGAGAAAAUCGCUUGCGAUAUUACUGGUGCCUGCUGA